AGCACACUAUUGGCUGGGAAUUGGCACCUGUCAAAAUACACGCAUAUUUGACAUUUGUUUUUUUUUUUAUGACACCAAACGUCAACAAUCACCAUCUUGAAAUAAAAAAUAAAAAUAAAUAAAAAACACACCGUCGUACAUCAUCAAAACUUUGACCUGUGUCACGGUUAAAUAUCGGUCAACGAGUCACCGGACCACUAAUUUACCAAAACAUUUUAUUGCCAUAUAUUCGUAAUCAUUUCAAGUGUCCCAACAUACACAUCUAAACAAAAAAAAAUAAAUACAUUAUUGUUUAAACUCCAAAAGUAUAAAUUUAAUAAAUUUAAUUCUUAAAAAAUGGCUGCUGAAAUAAAACCAGGUCCUGGUGCAAACAAUGACAAAUUUAGUACAAGUAAAAAGCCAAUAUUACUAUCAAAAUUAGAAGGUUGUAAUGACGACGUUAACGAUGCUAUAAUUAUACCAAGAGAAGAUGGUGUUAUAAGUGUUUCUGAUGACAGAACAGUUAGAGUAUGGCUUAAACGUGAUUCUGGACAAUAUUGGCCAAGUGUUUGUCAAUAUAUGUCAUCUGGUGCAACAUCAUUACAUUAUCAUGUUGAAACACAUAGAUUAUUUGUUGGUCUUGAAAAUGGUUUUAUUGAUGAAUUUUUACUUGAACAAGAUUACAAUAGAAUGACAGCAAUGCGUGAAUAUACAGCUCAUACAGCACGUGUUACUGGUAUUGUUUUUUCAUCAAUUCAUAAUUGGUUAAUGAGUGUUGGUAGAGAUAAAUUAUUUCAACUUCAUUGUUCUGAUAGUGGACAAAGAUUAACAACAUAUGGAAAAACUAAAACAAAUUAUACACUAUCUGAUAGUUGGUAUACAACAUUACAAUUUGAUGAACAAUCAAAACAUGCAUUUGUUGGUGAUUAUUCUGGUGAAAUAACAAUGUUAAAAGUUGAUAGUAAUACAAUAACAGUUGUUGCAUGUUUAAGUACUCAUAGUGGUAGUAUAAGAACACUUGAAUGGAAUUCAACAAAACAAUUAUUAUUUUCUGGUAGUUUUGAUCAAAAUAUUAUUGUAUGGGAUAUUGGUGGUAGACAAGGUAUUGCAUAUGAAUUACAUGGACAUCGUAAUAAAGUAACAGCAUUAUGUUAUUCAAGUGAUGAUAAAUUAUUAUUAUCUGGUGGUGAAGAUGGUGUUAUUGUUUGUUGGAAUAUGUUAACACCAAGACGUGAAACAACAACAUGGGAAGAAUCAGAUACUUGUCAAUCAUGUGGUAAACCAUUUUUUUGGAAUAUGAGAGCUAUGAUGGAUCAACGACAAAUUGGAUUGAGACAACAUCAUUGUAGAAAUUGUGGACGUGCAUUGUGUGCUAAAUGUACAACAAAAAGAUUACCAAUACCAAAAAUGGGAUUUGAAUUUGAAGUUAGAGUUUGUGAUCCUUGUCAUAUACAAUUAAAAGCUGAAAAUCAAAUACCAAUGGCAUCAUUUCACGAUGCAAAACACAGCAUUACUGCAAUGGAUUUAGAUAUUUCACGUAAAAAACUACUUACAGUUGGUCAAGAUCGAGUUAUUAAAAUAUGGGAUAUAACUGCACUUCUUCAGCCAUAAAAAUAAAAUUUACUUCAAGUCAAAUAAUAGAAGAAAAUUUAAUAAAUGGUAAAUGCUUAACUUUGCAUUAUUUGAAUGAGGAAACAUAUA